AUGUCCACCGAAACUAUUUCAAGCUACCAAACACUUUCGGAAAUUAAUUUAAAAGAAGAGAUUGAUAGAUAUGAAAAUGAUGAAGAUACAAGUGAUGAACAUAAUAAAAAAAGUGAAGAAAAAAAAUAUUAG